CGAGCCGCGUGAUUGGAGCUCAGAAUGUCUCGGCAUCGACGGUGGCCUGUGACGCUGAGGCCAGUAUAGAAGAAUCCGGAAGCCUGCUGGUUCCGAAUUGUCUUGUGAAGGCUUCCGGUCUCAAGACAUUGCUCACACCAACUCCAACGAUGGCAUGCUUUGUCUUAGACAUCGUAGAGACAUCGAUCUCGAUGAACUUUCAUAGCCGUCGAGGACUCGAUAUAUGUCGAGGUGUAGUUCUUGGACAAGACACCUCCAUUCAUACUCACAAAUUAAGCUCAACAGGACUGCCCACAGACAUGAUGCUUCUCAGCAGUUCGCUCUUGAUUUACCUCCUCAUGAAGCUGGUCUUCGUCUCUAUACUACCUUUCGCUUUGGUCCUCUUGUUUCUCCUAUCGCUCGAACUCUUCAUCCUUACUGUCUGCCGCAGCCUGGAUACCCUGGAGAAGGAUCUGUCUGAGGCUUCUGGGGUAAGAAUCCAGCAGAGCGAGCCUCAGUGGAACAACAUACACCUCCAAACGCCUCCGCCGAUAUCUCCUGUUAGCUCAGAAGGAGACUGGUAUGAUGAUAUUCUACUUUUUCCGACGGCAGGCUACAGUACUUUUGCAGACAGUGCAGAGAAAGAAUUCUGGCUCCGUCAUCAGAGUCUCCAGAACACGUUGGAUGCCUACAAUGAGGCAUUGGAGCAGCUUGCCGGUCGCAUCGAGAUACUUGCUCGCGAUCAAGCUGAGCUCAAGAGGCUCGAAGCAAGGAAACCACAAGAUGAGUUUGGAGGAGAGACUGUCUUAUUUGAUUUCGAGAACGAGAUGGAUCUCGAAUGAGCUAUCACGAUGCACUUGGAUGGAGAUCACGAUC